CUCCAAGAGUAAUGGCUGAAGGUAUUGAAAAGCCACCACUUACACAUCUAAAAUCUUCUAGAUUCAAUGUUGCUAGAGAGAAUCAGCUGAAGUUUGAGACAAAGUUUUCGGAAUGGGCAAGAAUGAAAUGUCAAGAUUCUGCAUAUAUAGAAAGAUUUAGGCGAUGCAUUUUUUCCUAUGUAACAGAUGAUUCAGCUCCUCAUAUCAAACUAUAUGAGCCAAAAAAGCUUUCUGAACACCAGUUUUUGGAUGCAGGGUUUGCGAAGACGGUACCAAAUUUAGUAGUCGAGACAGCAGACAACGAUGACCAUUUUUUUGAAUACGACGAUGACACAAAGAGAAAGCACAUUUACCAAACCCUGAGGCCUAAUAUGAUAUUGAUGGGCUACUUGACAGUUUCUAUAGAGGGCAAUUGGUCAAUGGAUGUAAAGGGUGUGCUUGAAGAAAAAAGCAUUAUAUUUUCAGAUAUGGAUUUACUGAACAUCAAGGCGACAUGUCCAAAGGCGUUUUUGAGCGAUGGACUGAAUGAUCCGCUAUCCGAGAAAUUCAGGGGAGGUAUAUUUGUAAAGGCUAUGGUGGUGUCGGUACCUGAAAACCAUAAAUCGCCUAUUUUGGUGUCAUUUACGACGAACUCGGUCAGACUUCCGUGGACAUCUCGAAGGCACUGUCUGGGAUAUAACCAAGAGGAAGAGAGAGAGACAUCCGAGUAUAAGAGCUACAAUAGUCUGCUGAGAGAAGACAAAUCAUUUCACAAUCCGUCUUCUAUGUUGGCGAUAACUCAGUAUUACAAAAUUCGGGAUGAUUUAUCUCUGUUAGAAAUUUGCGAUUUUAAAGAUCAGGGUAUUGAAGAACUGCGUUCUAAACAAUCUAUUUUUUGGGCUUUGGAUUUGGUUUCGAUGGGAAGGGCUUAUUACGAUCAAAAGGAUUCUCGAGCUCUUGAAGUAUACAAAGAAGCCAUGAACUUAGACCCUAAAUGUGUUCCUGCAUAUAUGGGCGUUGCGACGAUUUAUUAUCAAAAAGGUCUGUUUCUAGAGGCUUACAAAUAUAUAAAGAGAAUUCUGAAACUAGAACCCGAUAACCAGAAGGCUCAACAAGGCCUGGCCAAGGUUGAGGAAAAAAUUCGUUCGUGCAGAAGACAUACUCUGACCGAUGGUAGAGAAUCAGGCUCGCAUUGCCAGGAAAAAGAUGACCAUCAUUCUUCUUCUCAAGCUUAUUCCCUACCGGACGAAUUUUAUUCAUCUCCGAAAAGGCAGUUUUCUCGCCCUCAACGGGAAUCUGACGACCCGCUUAUGAACCUGAAGCCGACCAAGCGCGCGUCUUUUUACCAACGUGAUGGCCAGGCAAUUGGAGCAUCAAGGAAACUCAAUCGUGACAGCGGCUCUCGUCCGUUAGCGCAUCAAGAUGGCAGAGAUUCCAACCCACAUUGGCUGACGGACACCAACGUAAUGGUCCCAGACAUCGACAUGAUCGGUGACGGAAGGGACGUAGCGGCUUCGUCUUCUUCGGUAGCCAGUUAUCAAGAAAAGGAAACCAGCAGAAAGAUAGCGCAUUCGGGGAGGGAACGUGAAUUUCCUGCACACAACGAGCAUUAUAGAGAAAGCCGAAAACAAAUGAGCAGGUACGAUGAUCAAAGAAAAUAUCGGUGGCAUACAUCGCAUUUUGAAGAGAGGAGAUAUCGAGAAGAUGAGAGGCAAUAUACUCAUCGCUAUUACAAGAGUCGCCAUUUACAUGAUUACAGAGACCGCCAUCUGCGCACCGAGAAUGGCAAUAAUACCAAUAGACCCUCCAGUAGCAAGGAAUAUUGUGACCCCGAGCAUGAUGAGAGUCGCGCGUCAUCAGACCUGUCACAUCGUAGGUCGAAGUUCAGACACCAACAAUACAGCAGCGACCGUGACUCAUUGAGUCCACCGCACCAUGAAUCCAGGUCAAGGUAUCACGAACAUUCGAGUCACUCCUUAAGGCAUUGACAUGAGAAGCAAGCUACCAAUUUGAAGUUUUUUCAGGUAGGUUUUGUAGUGCGCGAAUUGGGCAGUAGAAUUUGGCGAGUACAUUUUCAAAAAAUUUUGUUUCAAACGGCUAGUUGCUCGACAUGUACAGAGUAGUUAUACAGAAAGUGAAAACCGAUGCCUUGACUGCCGCUUCAGAGAAGAUGAGCUCUCUUCUUUUUCUAUAGAUGCGCAAUGAAAAUAGGUACAAUUAUGAAGGGGCAGGUAUAUAUUAAGCCUGUUUGGACGGUCCAACUUGCGACGUUGAUAGCGAACGACAUAUCGGCGGUGGUAAUAAGGUCUCUGUCUCCGUCCGUCCAAGAAGUUGUCGGAGCCAAACUCAGGUGUUUUCGGAUUCGAUCGAUGCAAAUGUCCACGACUGAAUCAGUUUUCGCUUGGAGUACCAGAAUCGAAGUCAUAGCCAAAAAACCUUUUCCUGUACGGCGGAGUACAUGCCAGAACCUUUGACGUGGUAGCAAGGCACCAAAGUUGUUCCACAUACCAAAGGAAUAAUACCUCGUGAAUAGGUAGGGAAUUCCUAACGGAAGGAGGUACCAAUUGAUUCUUUUCAAGGUAAACGAGGUGCAAGUUGCUUCUGAUUUUAAAAAGGGCCAUUUUGUGUACUCUUCACUGUACAAUUGUGCUUUGACGAAUUGUGCGCGCUGACUUGUCGAAUAGUCAUGGUCUUUGAGUAGAAAUUCGACGAUCGUAUUGACAAUUUGAGUUCUAUAUGAGUUGAGGAUACGUUUAAAAUCAGGUGAGGAUGCCAUUGAAGCAAGGAUGUAGCUAACCGUUUGUGGAAAUUGAUCCGCGAAUAUGACUAAGUUUUCAAAAUCAGCGUCCAAGUCUUCAAAUUUUCGGUUUAAAAAUAGACUGACUCUCUUUUCUGAAGAAAGUAAAAUGAAAAUAAGCUUAGCAUAGACGUCAUCUUCUUGUGUUUCUUUGUUGAAGACGUGUUUUCUAUUCUGCAUGGCUUGGAGCAAAAUAGACACGGCGUUGUUUUGAAUGCAUGUUUCAGCAUUGAUAUCGUCUUGAAACAUUUCAAAAAGCAGGCGCUUGCACGACUUUAGAAAGUAUGGCGAUACCGCUAGGUUCAAAUCUAAAUGAUUUAGAAAUAGUUGGCAUAGCCGGGCGUCGUAUGAAUGAGCGACCAGGUAUCUGGUUUGCCAAAUAAAAGUCAUUACACGUAGUUUUUUAA